AUGUCACCCUUUUGGCACACCUUCUUGAACCGGAACUUUCCCGAUCCUCAAAACCCAACCAUCAGAGAAAGAGAAACAACUUCUCCAGCAUUCACAAUGAGCUCCUACGGCAAACACGGUGCAGUCGGCGGCGGCUGCUGGUCAUCAAGCGCAUCCUCAACAUCUGGUGCUUCAGGUACUUCUGGCUCCGGCAACGUCUCUGAGGGCAUCAUCUCCAACCCCUCUUCGGGAAGUAGUAGCUCUGGGGGCUCGACUACAACGGUUGGUGGCUCGACGACUAGUCAGGGGACUCAGGGUAGCAGCUGGGGCAGCAGUGGAAGCACCGGUAGCUCUAGUAGCGGUUCUAGCAAGAGGUAG